AUGAAACGACAAAAUCAAAAUGUUAAAUCUAAAAAGGCUUAUCCGAUUCUGAAAAAUCGUAUUAAAACAUCAUGUGGUGAAGACAAUAACAAUUAUUUAGAAACGCUUCAAGAAGAAGUAAAACUUAAUUUAGCAGAAGAAAUUCAAGAACCUUAUCAAAAUGAUUCCCUUAAAUUGGAAAUAGAGAGAUUUAUAGAGAUAUCGAAAUAUUUCUCAAGUCCACUGCGAAAAACUGCGUCGUAUGUUUGCGAAAUGCAGCUUGUAUCCUAUCCAAACCCUUAUCGAAUAGAAUACAAGAGAGCAGGAGUUACAAGCCAACAUUUAAAGUUCAGUAAUUUGACUCUAGAGCCAGUUUAUAUAAAGCUCUAUAAAAUAGAACCAGAUAUAGAGCAAAUUAAAUUCAUGAAUUUGUCAUUAGCAAGAUACAAGAGAAUUCCACCAGGAUUAUCCUUUAACUUGGGAUUUGUCUACGAUGAUCUUAACGAAAGACCGUCACGAAAUGCGAAAAUUAUUUUUGUUGCUUCUAGAAAGACAACAACACCUUGCUACCAAAUAUGUGAAAUAGAGAUUAUAAUUAAUGCUCAAAAGGUUAGACUAGUAACUGUG